AUGCCACAAUGGAAACGCGGUCGCGCACUCCGUGCCGUGACUCCUUUCCCGUCCCGCUCCUUCUUCCACUCUCCAUCCACCGCCGACGCCAUGCCAGGACGUGACGACUUCGUCACGUAUCCAUCCCUCUAUAAGACUUGCACCCAAUUGCAUGCCCCCCAUCGACGCUGCCCAAUUCACACACGGAACGCCGUACGUUCACUGCAGAUUGCAUCCACUGCAUGCAGUAAUGGGGGGGCGAACAUGGACAUCUUCAGGAAGGCGGAGGCGGGCGGCGCGAGGCGCAAGUUCGAGUGCAGGACCUGCGGUCGGCAGUUCGACACGUUCCAGGCGCUGGGAGGCCACCGCACGAGCCACGCGCGGCAGCGGCCGACGGAGCCGCUAGCGAAGCCGCCGCAGAAGUCAAACCGGGUCCACGCCUGCCCUGUCUGCGGCGCCGCGUUCCUUUUGUGGCAGGCACUCGGCGGCCACAUGCGCCGCCACCGGUUAGGAACCAAAGAAGAUGGAGCUGGAGCAGCGGCAAUGAUGUCGCUGACGAUGAGGGAGCAGUUGCAGUGGCUCGACUUGAAUUUGCCACCGCUGGAGACCGAGUUGCAGCUCCAGUUCGCGACGAGCUGAGGAUUAAGCUCGUCCUACAGCGCUUGAUUCAUUUAAUUAGAUACUUUUGCUUUGAUCUCUUUAAUUUCUCAGUAACUUCUACUUUCCCUUGUUUGGAUCAUUUUUCUCUUCUUGUGGCCUUAUUUAAUUGUCUUGAUCGAUCAUGCCCUUUAUAAGAACAGAACUUUAGAGUUUAGCAGUGCCCCCAAGGGGCUUGGCGCAUUGAGAAGGAUUGGGCGGUCACGCUUACGAUAUUCAAACUAUUCGUGAGCUGAGACUCCUCGUUAGGAGUCUCGUGUUUUUCUCAUUUAAUUUGAUAGUCGAUAAAAAAAUUUAUGUACAAUCAAAUCGUCCACCUCCA